AUGUGUUUUAUGUCAGAUAGAAACGAGAGCAUAUGGAAAGGGACUGCCAGAGUAUAUCCUGGAUUGGAACAUUUUGCUUGCAUAUGGCAUUUAUGCUGUAAUGUUUUGAAGAACUUCCAUAGGAAUACUGAAGAUUUGAAGAAGCUAUUUUUUACAAUGGCAAAGGCUUAUGCUAUACAACAAUUUGAGGCGAUUAUGCAAAGAAUAGACCAUAUAGAUCCAAGAAUAAGAGAUUAUUUAUAUGAUAUUGGGUAUAGCAAGUGGUCAAGGGCGUAUUCAAAAUGUAAGCGAACAUGGACCAUGACUUCAAACGUAGCCGAAUCUUUGAAUAAUGUUAACAGGAUAGCAAGGAGGUUGCCAGUGAUUUCACUUCUUGAAUUUAUGAGGGUAACAGUUCAAAGAUGGAUUCAUAAGCACAACGAGGAGGCUGCAAAAACUAGAUCAGAGCUUACAAAAAAAUAUGAUCUUAUGCUCCAGAAAAGUAUUGCUUUGUUUAGCAGUAUGAGGGUAAUACCAUCAACAGUUGAUAUGCAUGUUGUUGUUGAUGGACCAAAGCGCAAUAGGAAUUUUCAAGAUACAUAUGCCAUCCCUGUUGAACCUCUCCCAUGCGAGAGUACAUGCGAUAUACCAAGUUAUAUUUCAGAGCCUAAAUUGAUGCCGCCAGGUCCAAAGAGAGCAGCAAGAAGACCACAACUUGAACGCUGGGAAAGGGUUUGCUGA